AUGCCUCACAGCAGCAAGCCGCUCCCCAGGACGAUAGAGAUCCAGGUCGCCGACCCGGCGACCGAGGAGGUCUUUCCCACCAGCCUCCUCGACGGCAUCAUGCGCAAAAUCUACAACCCGGUCACAUUGACGUACUCUCUCGACGAUGAUGCGGACCUCGAAAAAAUCAUCUCCACCACCUGCGCCGGCCUCCAAACCCUCAUGCGCGACGAAUACCCCUUCCUCGCCGCCUCCGUCCACGAAGAUCCCACAACCGGCCACAGCUUCGCCAAGCGCACACGCGGCGCCCAAUCGCGCUUCACCGUCCACGUCAACGACCUGCGCCACACUUUAGACUUCCCAUCGUACGCCGCCCUCGCAGCCGCACACUUCCCCGUCUCCGCCCUGGAGGACCCCAGGCUGCUCCCGCCAUCCUUCACGCCUUUCCCCGCGGCGCCGGCGGACGGCUCGGGCAUCCCGGUCACGUUGGUCCAGCUCAACGUCAUCCGCGGCGGCUUGAUCAUCGGCCUCGCGAUCAACCACCGCGUCGUCGACGCGCGCGGGCUGGACGCUAUUGUUGCGCGGUGGGCGGCGCAUACGCGUGCGUUGUUUAAUGCGCCAGGUGUGCAUGCCGCGCCGCCUGUGCCGCCGUUUGAGCAUGCGGAGCUCGAUCGCGAGCCGCUGGAUUGGGCGGCGGCGGAUGUGGCGAAGGGGAAGAGCAAGGUGGACUGGCGCGAUCCGGCUGUGCCGUCGAUGCGCUGCUUGCCGGACGGCGCGCCGACGGGGCCGGGGGUUAAGCCUGAGGAUAUGGCGUCGCGUAUUUGGCAUGUGUCGGCGUCGAAGUUGGCGGCGUUGAAGGCGCGGGCGUCGGGGGAUGAAGGGGAGGCGUGGGUGUCGACGAACGACUGCUUGACGGCGCUCAUGUGGCGCUGCAUCACCCGCGCGCGGCUGGCGCGCCAUGGGAUUGAUGCCGUGUCCUGCGCGAAGGAUACGCGGCCGGUUAAGCUGAUGAAUGCGAUUGAUGUGCGGGCGUACGUCCCGACGACCCCGGCUGCUGGUGCAUCGUCCCCGUCGUCCUCGUUCGACAGCGACGACAGCGGCAGCGGCAGUGGUAGCGGCACCGAAGGCAGCGACACCGACAGCGACACCGGCCGCUGUAGCCCGACCAGCAGCGGCAACGGCAUCGGCAUCCCGGACGCCUACCCAGGCAACACGGUCAUGUUCUCGCACGCCACGCUGCCCCUCAACACCCUCCUCUCCCCCUCAUCUCCCUCCCCGUCCUCCACCGACCCCUCCUUCCGCACCAUCGCCCUCGCCAUCCGCUCCGCCAUAUCCUACUACCGACACCCCUCCACCCUCCGCCGCGCCCUGUCGUGGAUCGCCUCCUGCCCCGGCCGCGGCGUCGGCACCAUCGAGAUGGACUUCGACGUCGUGCUCGGGCUGGACGUGGUGGCGACGAGCUGGCGCGUGCUGCGGGCGUACGAGCGGGCAGAUUUCGGGUGGAGCAGCGACGGAGGCCUCAAGGCGUUGCGGUGGGCGGCGCCGCUGUUUGAUGGGUAUUGUUUCUUCUACCCGACGAGGAAGGCCGGGGCAGGGGAGGACGAGGGGGUUGAGGUGUAUUUGGGGCUGGAGAGGGGGUGUAUGGAGAGGUUGGUGGCGGAUCCGGAGUUGGCGGGGUGGGCGGAGGUGAGGGGGGAGUGA